AUGAAGGCCGACUAUUGGAAAUCACUGCCGAAGAAGUAUUGCGAUUUCUGCAAGUGUUGGUUCGCCGACAACAAAGCCAGCGUUGAGUUUCACGAAAGAGGUUUCAGACAUCAGUUGAAUGUGAAGAGAAAACUACAAGACAGCGUUGAGUUUCACGAAAGAGGUUUCAGACAUCAGUUGAAUGUGAAGAGAAAACUACAAGACUUACAAAGAAAGGGAUCAAAACAAGUGAUAGAAGAGAAUAAAUACAACUUAGAAAUGAUGAAAAUAGAGAGUCAGGCGCUGAAGGCCUUCCAAUCGGAUGUCUCCCAAAACCCCGAUUUGGGCAAAGAGUUGGCCACAAAUGUGUCGCUCUUUAAGAAGAGCCACAAAACUGAAUCGACGGCAAAACCAAUGUCUUCGCGUUAUGGCGACGACGACUCGGCAACCGGUGAGGAGAGCACUACUCUUGUGAUCGGACGACAACGAGCUCUCGAAACGAUCGCUAAGAAGAUGGAGAAGAAGAGCAAAUGGUUGGAGAGAAAGACAACCGAAGGGAAGACAUAUUACAGACCAAAUGGACUAGCCGGUCCGUACAAUCCUUACGGCAGAUGGAAAACAGUGGCCAACAGAGAGUUUGACGACAAAAUGAUUGAUUUACAGCUUCCGGACCAACAGUUGCCACAAAUUGUUGCGCCGAUUGUCGCCGACAGCGACAGAGAAGUGAAGAUUGAAUUCUCGGAGAAAACUGUGGAUUCGCUUAAAAACAAGUUUAACUCAAGCGUUAAGAAAGAGGAGAAAAUUAGUUUUAAAAAACGAAAAACUGAUUCCAACCGAAGUGUUAGACAAAGAACUGACGAUUGA